AGUUCUUAUUUGUUGACGCUACAGAGCAGCAGCAAAAGCGGUUUAAAUGACGGGCGCGUGUAUAGAAAUACAGUUUAUAUGAAGAUAUAGUUGAUUAAUAAGUGGAUUUGGGUUAACGCUGCGACGACUGAUAGCGCGCGUCUUGCUCGCCAAUUUGCUGCUACGGUAGCGCGCUCACAGUGGCUGAUCGCUAACGAGACGGCACGCCACUCAGCGCGCGCGCACACACACGCUCACAGCUUAGUGACUACUGUAUAUGCUUAGCGCGCUCACCGCUCGGCCACCCACCGACACUAUAGCGACCGCAAAGUCAAAGAGACCCAACCAGCAAGAGAGAUAUACACAUCAUUCACAGCCGCCUAUUUGCGCUGGGAGCCAACGAAGCAGCAAGCGAACAGCAACAGUCAAACGGCGUCUACACAACACCAGCAACGGACCAGCUGAGCUCAACACAGUCUAGCUGUGAACUGCUGUGGACUUGGGUGAACGCCAUCCGUAGCACUUUUGCUUUUAUUUUAUUUAUUUAUAACAAAGAAACAGCAACAACAAUAACAACAAAAAAUAAAAUUUAUGCUGCUGCUUUGUCACUAGUCAACGCACACUUGCUGCGCGACCACAAAGAAGCGCGCUGAGACUCUACAGUCAGUCUGCCAAAAUCGCUCGCGACACACUGGUGCUGCAUGCGAAAAGCGCAAAGCAAAGAGGAGAAUCAAAAAAUUAAAACAAAUAAGUGAAUAAAUUUGUGUUGCUUCAAUUCUAUUAAAUUAAUUUCUGUUUGGCGCACGGUGCUCGCGUACAGUGACGCGGAAAACGUUGAGCGCGUGAGGAAAUAAGAAAACAGAAAAAAAUAAAAAAAAAAAUACAAAAGUGUUGAAAUAACAACAAAAACCAAAAUGUGUACUUGUUCAUAAAUUCACAAAAAAACAAAAAAUACGAUAGACGCCAGCAAAGCUGUCAGUCCAGCCGAAAAAAAAAAUACAAAAAUAUAAAUAAAUAAGCCAAGGGCGACAGCCAAGUGUUGGGUUUACAUAGAAUGUGCUUUUUACAUAUGGAAAUUAGGGCCGACGCUGGGCGAAUAGUUUAAAAAUUGUGUUUGUUUGAAGUAGAAUACGAGCGCUACGCCUGCGAGUGAAGCAAAAGAGUGCGCUAAACAAAGAAGUGCUGUAAGACAAUUCCGUAGUGGAGCGGCGUUCAGAACAAACAACACUCUGGCAACAUCAGCGCCUAAAAAAUACAAAGUGUCAUAAAAAUGUAAUUCAGUUAAAUCUAAAGAACCAUUCAACGCAUUAGAAACACCACAAACUUGUGUAGCAAAAUAUGCAGAGCGGCUUACCGCAACGCGCCAUCUAUACCAAGCAAGAACUGUGCCAUGCAAAUGCUGCGGAAAACGAAGCAAGUGUAUAGCAACUACAAAGCAAAAGUAACAAUAAAAUUGAAUAAAUUAUGAGUGAAUUGUAGACGAAAGUCAUUUAUGUGCAAUAUGUGAAGUUUCGUCGCGUUGCAAAUGGACGUUAACUCACAAAGCGUUAGUUAACGAGCAGAAGAGUAAAGAGAGAAACAAAAAUUUAACACAAACUUAGUCACAAAACGCAAAGAGUGAAAAAUCUACAUAAAAAGUAAUAAAAAAUUCAUAAUAAGAACAGAACUCACUUUGUAAGUGAAAAGAAAACGGUGCGUUUAAAAAUGGAUGAGGAAAAAUUAAAUACACCGUUAGUGUCGAAGGAGACUUCCGACCACGCGAUUAUCGUGCCGUCAGCUGCCGUCGUGGCCAACAGCGCAGCAGAAACAGCCGGUGUGGGCGGUGGUGGUGACGCUGCGAAUGCCGCUGCUGAUGCGCUGAAUGGAACCGCAACCGCAACCGCAACCAAUGUCAAUUUGACUGCAAAUACUCAGUUGAGCAUAGCAGCGCCAGCUUUAUUGCAGCAGCAACAGCAACAGCAACAACUACCACUACUGCCCUACAGCAAUCAUACAAAUUUUGUUGGCAACAAUCUGAAGAAUGGCGCUCUAAGUCACAACUCGCAAAAUAAUCUGUGCAAUGGCGGUAUUCCCAGCCAGAAUCACAUACUCGCACCAAAGAUACAAAAUAACUGCAGCCCAAAUGGCCCGAAGAAGGGCACCGUCACACUGUCACACCUGCCACAGCGGCCACCAGUCGACAUCGAGUUUUCUGAAAUUUCAUAUUCCGUCUCGGAGGGACGAAGGCGCGGCUUGAAGACCAUAUUGCGUAGUGUUUCGGGCAAGUUUCGCAAUGGCGAACUCACCGCCAUCAUGGGACCGUCCGGUGCGGGGAAGAGUACACUUAUGAACAUUCUCGCCGGCUACAAAACUUCGCAACUGAGUGGUUCAGUGAUGAUCAACGGCAAGGAGCGUAAUCUACGCCGUUUCCGUAAACUCUCCUGCUACAUUAUGCAAGAUGAUAUACUCAUCGCCAAUCUGUCGGUGCAUGAGGCCAUGAUGAUCUCGGCCAAUCUCAAGUUGGGCAAAGAUAUGAAUUUGGCAGCCAAGCGUGUUGUCGUCGACGAGAUACUCGAAACAAUCGGUUUGCGGGAUUCCAGCAAUACGAAGACCUGCAAUCUUUCCGGCGGACAACGCAAGCGUCUCUCGAUCGCACUCGAGUUGGUAAAUAAUCCGCCAGUGAUGUUCUUUGACGAACCCACAUCUGGGUUGGAUAGUUCCACAUGUUUCCAGCUAAUUUCUUUGCUCAAGUCGUUGGCACGUGGCGGUCGCACUAUCGUUUGCACCAUUCACCAGCCGUCGGCGCGUCUCUUUGAAAAGUUCGAUCACUUGUACAUGCUCGCCGAGGGCCAGUGCAUGUACGAAGGACGCGUACGCGGUCUGGUGCCAUUCCUCUCGUCGCUCGGCUACAACUGCCCUUCAUAUCACAAUCCAGCCGAUUAUGUGCUGGAGGUAGCCAGCGGCGAGUAUGGCGAAUCUGUGCAAAAGCUGGUGGCGGCGGUCAAGAACGGCGAGUGUAAGAAAUUCAGUCAAAAGGACUACGGUUUGACGGAUGUGCGCGGCAUUGCCAAUGACAUAGUCAAAGGUGACAGCGACUGCAACAAUUCCAACAGCACAUCAAGCGCGAACAACACAACGCUAACGGCGACCACAACACUAACUCUGGAGGAUGAGAAGUGCAAAAUGGAUGAACUCUCGACCAGUUUACUGCAUGCGAAUGCACUCACUAAGCCCAUCUUGGAGACGCAACAAUCACAACUAUCCGACUGCACCGUUAUCAACUUGAACAUUCCAAACAGCACUACCGACAAUGGCAACUCCAAUAGCGGACUGCCCUACAGCUGCAGCUUCAGUUCGAAGGGCGGACAAGUUGCGCUCACUGGUGCCGCCGAGAAGGCAGCGGCCGCCGGUUGCACCACCUCGCUCUUGGACUCACACGAAAGUGUUAUCACGCUGCCCAACAGUUCGGGCUUCCCCACCAGCGGCUGGACCCAGUUCUGGAUACUGCUAAAGCGCUCCUUUGUGACCAUCAUGCGCGAUCGCAUGCUCACGCAUAUGCGUUUGGCCUCGCACGUCAUUGUCGGCGCCAUCAUUGGCAUGAUCUACUACGAUGUGGGCAAUGAAGCGUCGAAGGUGAUGAGCAAUGCCGGUUGUAUCUUCUUCACCACGCUCUUCACCAUGUUCACGGCAAUGAUGCCAACGAUUUUGACGUUUCCUACUGAAAUGUCGGUGUUUGUGCGGGAGCAUUUGAACUAUUGGUACUCGCUGAAGGCGUUCUACUUCGCCAAGACAAUGGCCGAUCUGCCCUUUCAGAUCGUCUUCUCCAGCGUCUAUGUGAUUGUCGUCUACUACUUGACCUCCCAACCCAUGGAGUGGAUGCGCAUCUCGAUGUUUGUCUUCAUUUGUGUGCUCACAUCGCUGGUGGCGCAAUCGCUUGGGCUGCUCAUUGGUGCUGGCAUGAAUAUCGAAGCGGGCGUCUUCCUUGGACCCGUCACAACCAUACCAACUAUACUGUUCUCCGGCUUCUUUGUCAACUUCGACACCAUACCGGGUUACCUGAAGUGGGUCACCUAUGUUAGCUAUGUGCGCUAUGGUUUUGAAGGCGCCAUGGUGUCGAUAUAUGGCAUGGAUCGCGCCAAAUUGGAGUGCCACGAAAUGUACUGUCACUUCCGCAGUCCCAAGAAGUUCUUGGAAGAGAUGUCCAUGGACAACGCCGAGUACUGGGUGGAUGCAGUGGCACUGCUGGGCACCUUUGUAGCGCUGCGUAUUGUCGCGUACUUCGUGCUGCGCUGGAAGCUGCACCUCAUACGCUAAGCGCCCGUAGCAUAUACGAUAUUUGUAGUUGUACUAUGUAAUUAUAUAAUAUUAUUGUAUGUAUAUCUAUGUUAUGUAUUUAUAAGUAGACAGUCACAAAGACAGUUCCAUGAGCAUUUCACGCCGAUUUCAGUUUAUUUGAAAUCAUACGUUUAAUGUGUGUGUGUGUUUUUAUACCAUAUAUACUAUAUAUUGAACUCGAUAUUAUUUAGCGUCUUGAAUUGAUAUAAAUAUGUUUUAGUUAUUGUAGAAUUUUUACACAUAAAUAAUUGUACUAUAUCUAUGUAUAUAUAUUAAGAUGCAUGCUUGCAUUCGGUGCUUUAAGUUUCUUUCACCCUAUUUUCGUUAUUCCGUAAAGAUUUUUGUAUGGCAAAAUGUUGGAAUAUUUAUAAGAUUAGCACGUAAAUAGCUUCAAAUAAUAUUAUAGGAUAUAUUAGAUUUUCAAUAAAAUUCCAAAACAUUAGAAAACACAUAGUAACCACCAUUAUUAUACAAGACAAAUGGCACGCUGUUACACAAUAAAGGCUAAAACCAUAUGGUUAGAAUACAAAAUUGGAUGUACUUACUCGUAACGACCUGGAAAUAUAUGUGACGGAUAAAUCAAACUGACCAAUCGGUAUAUUUAACCAACAAAUCGUACUUCUGAAAUUAUUGCGGCAAGAAUAUUUAUUUCAUUCUCCACAUAAGACCUUCAAGACGAUGUUCUUGCAUACUUUUAAGCGUAAAGCCAAUAAAUGCGGAACUUUUGCUUUUAUAUAAAUAUUGUGGCAUACUUUUUAGCGUGUAGAAAAAUGAAAUUGAUUAACAAGCAAAAUUAAUUAUGUUUACCAAUUUAGUAGUCGAACAACUGACUUUUAUUUCCUACAAUGACUGACUCCCUAACUCAGAAUCGACUGCAUGAAUAUAGUAUAGUUUCAGGCUGUCCAGAAGUUUCAGAGUUAUAUAUUUAUGUCUCGAUUUGGCUGAAAUACAAUAUUAUGCUCCAUAUAAUGUGCUAAGUACUGAAACGAGAAGACAUUCCUAUUAAUGACCAAUAAAUUAUUUGUAUUUUCAUGACCUUAUUCCACACAUAUCAGACAAAGAAGAGGCAAAUAGUUACCGUUAUUUCGAUUUUUUUUCCAUAUAAUAUGAACAAUUUGAUUUAUAAAAUGCAGAUGCAUAUACAGCUUAGCUUUUGUAACCGUGGUGCUGGUUUCCAUAACUACUAUUCUUCGGUAUACGCCUAAAAGUAUGUUACAUUCUUCAAAUACAUUGUUUGCAAUAUAUAUCGAUACGAAAACUACAGUUGCCAUUUAUAGAACAAAAUUGUAAAUAUAAAAAAUGAUAUACACCAACAGUAAAAAUUA